ACUCGAAGCAGAGGCUGAGGCUAUUUGUUGCUGCGCCGCCACCGCCCGAGUCAUGGUCUGCUGUUCUCUCGGGCUCUCCUAGCAGCAGCCGCCGCCGCCGCCGCCGCCGCCCUGUGAUCUCCGGCUUCACCUCCUCCUCCACUCCUACUGAGCCACUUUUCCUCUCAGCGCCAUGACCGUCGUUUCUGUCCCACAGCGGGAGCCGCUUGUGCUGGGCAGCCGCCUUGCGCCCAUGGGUUUUUCCGCCCGCGGGUACUUCGGGGCCCUCCCGAUGGUUACCACUGCUCCGCCGCCUCUACCCCGGAUCCCGGACCCCCGGGGGCUGCCCCCCACCCUCUUCCUCCCGCACUUCUUAGGGGGAGACGGUCCCUGCCUGACCCCCCAGCCUCGCGCUCCGGCACCGCUGCCCAGCUGCAGCCUCGGCACGGCGGGGGGCAGCCCUCGAGCAGCACCAAAGAAGCGGCGAAAGAAGAAGGUGCGGGCCAGCCCGUCGGGGCAGCUUCCCAGCCGCUUCCACCAGUACCAGCAGCACCGGCCGAGCCUGGAGGGCGGGCGGAGCCCCGCGACGGGCCACGGCGGAGCACAAGUCCCGGACCAGGCCCAGGCCGUCGCCUGGGCCCCUGUUCCUGCGACCGCAGCCCGAACUGAGGAAGCGAGCCCUUUCCCUGGCGCGCUGCCGCCCGCGGCGCCCGGCCAGCCCUCGCUCAGAAGAGAGGUAUUAAAAUCAAAGAUGGGAAAAUCGGAGAAAAUUGCCAUUCCCCACGGCCAGCUUGUUCAUGGUAUACACUUGUGUGAACAACCAAAGAUAAACAGACAGAAAAGCAAAUAUAACUUACCACUAACCAAGAUCACCUCUGCAAAAAGAAAUGAAAAUAACUUUUGGCAGGAUUCUGUUUCAUCUGAUAUAAUUCAGAAGCAGGAAAAAAAGCCUUUUAAAAACACUGAGAAUAUUAAAAAUAAGCAUUUGAAGAAAUCAUCAUUUCUAACUGAAGUGAGCCAAAAGGAGAAUUAUGCUGGGGCAAAGUUUAGUGAUCCACCUUCUCCUAGUGUUCUUCCAAAGCCUCCUAGUCACUGGAUGGGAAGCACCAUUGAAAAUUCCAACCAGAAUAGGGAGUUGAUGGCAGUACACUUAAAAACUCUCCUAAAAGUUCAAACUUAGAUCUCAGAUUUCAAUAUGUAUGUAAAACAUAGCUUUUCCAAAACCCCUGAACUGUUGAAAAAGAAGUGGUACGUACAGAAAUGGAAAAUUGCCUUGUUGCAUCAUUACAAGGGCAAAAGAUGAAUUUAAAAAGUUACAGCUUGUAUUAUAUUUUAUAUUUUGUAAAUAACUGUAUACCAUGUAUUAUGUGUAUAUUGUUCAUACUUGAGAGGUACAUUAUAGUUUUGUUAUGAAAGUAUGUAUUUUGCCCUGCCCAAGUGGUAGGUGUUUUGUAUAUAUACAAUGGAGAAAUUUUAAGUGUGCUAAGGCACGUGAAAGACCAAUUUAUUUGCACAAGGUACUGAGAUUUUUCCCCCCAAGAAACAGCUGUUGAAUCUCAAGGUGAAGAUCUCAAUGUGAACAGUUUACUAAUGCACUACUGAAGUUUAAAUCUGUGGCACAAUCAUUGUAAACAUGGGGUUUGUCUAUGUUUUUCUAAAUUGAUUUCUGCCUUCUAAUCUGUAAUGACUGGAAAACUCCUAUUCCCAUUUUUACCAAACUUAAUUUCUGGUUUUUGGUUUAUAUCCAUUCAAAUUUAAAACUUUAAUACCAACAAAAUCGGUUGUAAUCAAAUUUUAAAAUAAUAAUAAUUUGGCCCCCCC